GGCGCUGCGGCAGGGUUGGGCGCGGUCUGUCGGGGCGCGUGUCCCGAGGUGGGAGGGUCAGAGGCCGGGCCCUCUCCGGCUCUUGCUCUGACACCGCCCCCCAAAAUCUCCCGGCCCACUUCUGUGGCUGAUGUUUUCUUUGCCCCUCACCCGCCUGCGGCUAUUUAUAGUCCGGACAGAGCUUUCACAACCCGGACUUCAGAGGAUGCUGGAGCAGCGCGCAGUUGCCAGGUUUAGAGAAGUGCCGAGGGGUUCACAUCCGGCCGCAGCCAGUGUGGCCCAGGCAGUCCCUGGCUCUAUUUCCUGCCCCCAGCCGGCCUCCCGGCCCCUCAGCCGCGCAGUGGGGGCAGCAGGACGUGGUGGCGCGGGAGCCAGGCCUUCAGGAUGGAGCCGCCGCCGCUGAGGAAAGCUGGCUCCCGGCAGGAGGAUGGCUUUGGGGGGCCGCCCGGGGGGGUCGCCGCCACGGGCAUGGUCCCCAACCUCCGGCGCAGCAACAGCAGCCUCUGCAGGAACAGGAGGCCGCAGUUCCUCAACAACUGCGAAAAAUGCCCUCCUCACCCUCAGCAAGCAAACCUCAGCUCAUGGAUUCCUGAGAACAUCAAGAAGAAAGAGUGCGUGCACUUUGUGGAAAGGUCCAAACUGUCGGAUGCUGGGAAGGUGGUGUGUGAGUGCGGCUACACACGUGAGCAGCACCUGGAGGGGGCCCUCCGGCCCUACGCCUUCCUGAGCGAGGAGUGGGACCCGAAGAAGCACGUCCAGGAGAUGCCCACGGACGCCUUUGGUGACAUUGUCUUCACGGGCCUGGGCCAGAAGAUGGGAAAGUAUGUGCGAAUCUCCCAGGACACCCCCCCCAGCGUGAUUUACCACCUCAUGACCCAGCACUGGGGCCUGGAUGUCCCCAACCUCCUCAUCUCGGUGACGGGUGGGGCCAAGGACUUCCACAUGAAGCCCAGGCUGAAGAGCAUCUUCCGAAGAGGCCUGGUCAAGGUGGCCCAGACCACAGGUGCCUGGAUUAUCACUGGGGGCUCCCACACAGGCGUCAUGAAGCAGGUGGGUGAGGCGGUGCGCGGCUUCAGCCUGAGCAGCAGCUACAGCGAAGGAGAGGUCGUCACCAUCGGAAUUGCCACGUGGGGCACCGUGCACAACCGGGAGAGCCUGAUCCACCCCACGGGCGGCUUCCCUGCUGAGUACGUCAUGGAUGAGGAAGGCCAAGGGCACCUGACCUGCCUGGACAGCAACCACUCCCACUUCAUCCUCGUGGACGACGGGACCCACGGCCGCUACGGGGUGGAGAUUCCCCUGAGGGCGAGGCUGGAGAAGUUCAUAUCGGAGCAGACCAAGGAGAGAGGGGGUGUGGCCAUCAAGAUCCCCAUUGCCUGCGUGGUGCUGGAGGGGGGGCCCGGCACGCUGCAGACCAUCUACAACGCCAUCACCCACGGCACCCCCUGCGUGAUCGUGGAGGGCUCGGGCCGCGUGGCCGACGUCAUCGCCCAGGUGGCCGGCCUGCCCAUCUCCGAGAUCACCGUCUGCCUGAUCCAGCAGAAGCUGGGCUCGCUCUUCCCGGAGAUGUUUGAGACCUUCACGGAAAGCAGGAUCGUGGAGUGGACCAAAAAGAUCCAAGACAUCGUCCGGAGGCGGCAGCUGCUGACCAUCUUCCGGGAAGGCAAGGACGGCCAGCAGGACGUGGACGUGGCCAUUCUGCAGGCCUUGCUGAAAGCCUCCCGGAGCCACGACGGCUUUGGCCACGAGAACUGGGACCACCAGCUGAAGCUAGCGGUGGCGUGGAACCGCGUGGACAUUGCGCGCAGUGAGAUCUUCACGGAUGAGCGGCCGUGGAAGCCCUCAGAGCUGCACCCCAUGAUGACAGCCGCCCUCAUCGCCAACAAGCCCGAGUUCGUGAAGCUCUUCCUGGAGAACGGGGUGCAGCUGACGGAGUUCGGGACGUGCGACACGCUGCUCUACCUGUACGAGAACCUGGAGCCCUGCUGCCUGUUCCGCUACAAGCUGCAGAAGGUGCUGGCCGAGGAGCCCGAGCGCCCGGCACCCCGCCUGCGGAUGCACCACGUGGCCCAGGUGCUGCGGGAGCUUCUGGGCGACUUCUCGCAGCCGCUGUACCCCCGGCCCCGCUCCAGCGACCAGCCGCGCCUGCUGCUUCCGGCGCCCAACCUCAAGUUCCAUGUACAGGGAGUGAGUCUCCGGUCCCUGUACAAGCGCUCACCAAGACACGUUGCCUUCACCAUGGACCCAGUCCGAGACCUUCUCCUUUGGGCCAUCGUCCAGAACCGCCGGGAGUUGGCAGAAAUCAUCUGGGCUCAGAGCCAGGACUGCAUCGCGGCAGCCCUGGCCUGCAGCAAGAUCCUGAAGCAGCUGUCCAGGGAGGAGGAGGACACCGACAGCCUCGAGGAGAUGCUGGCGCUCGCCGACGAGUACGAGCAGCGAGCCAUCGGGGUGUUCACCGAGUGCUACCGGAAGGAUGAGGAGCGAGCUCAGAAGCUGCUGGUCCGUGUGUCGGAGGCCUGGGGGAAGACCACCUGCCUGCAGCUGGCCCUGGAGGCCAAGGACAUGAAGUUUGUGUCUCACGGGGGCGUCCAGGCAUUCCUGACCAAGGUGUGGUGGGGCCAGCUCAGCGUGGACAACGGGCUGUGGCGGGUGGUCCUGUGCAUGCUGGCCUUCCCGCUGCUCGCCACCGGCCUCGUCUCCUUCAGGGAGAGGCGGCUGCAGGCCGUGCGGGGCCUGGCCCGCAUCCGCGCCUUCUUCAACGCGCCCGUGGUCGUCUUCCACCUGAACACGCUGUCCUACUUCGCCUUCCUCUGCCUCUUCGCCUACGUGCUCAUGGUGGACUUCCAGCCCUCGCCCUCGGGCUGUGAGUGCCUCAUCUACCUCUGGCUCUUCUCGCUGGUGUGCGAGGAGCUGCGGCAGCUCUUCUGCCCCCCCGACGAGUGCGGGCUGGUGAAGAUGGUGCUGCUGUACCUGAGUGACUUCUGGAACAAGCUGGACAUCGCCGCCAUCCUGCUCUUCAUCGCGGGGCUGACCUGCAGGCUCAUCCCGGCGCUGCUCUACCCCGGGCGCGUCAUCCUCUCUCUGGAUUUCAUCAUGUUCUGCCUGCGGCUGAUGCACAUUUUCACCGUCAGCAAGACGCUGGGGCCCAAGAUCAUCAUCGUGAAGCGGAUGAUGAAGGACGUUUUCUUCUUCCUCUUCCUGUUGGCCGUGUGGGUGGUGUCCUUCGGAGUGGCCAAGCAGGCCAUUCUCAUUCACAACGAGAGGCGUGUGGAGUGGAUCUUCCGAGGGGCCGUCUACCAGUCAUAUCUCACCAUCUUCGGGCAGAUCCCGGCCUACAUUGACGGUGUGAACUUCAACCUGGACCAGUGCAGCCCCAACGGCACGGACCCCUACAAGCCCAAGUGCCCCGAGAGCGACUCGGCGCGGCAGGAGCCCGCCUUCCCCGAGUGGCUGACGGUGCUCCUGCUCUGCCUCUACCUGCUCUUCACCAACAUCCUGCUGCUCAACCUGCUCAUUGCCAUGUUCAAGGCGCUCCCUGUCCCCCGCCAGCUACACGUUCCAGCAGGUCCAGGAGCGCACGGACCAGAUCUGGAAGUUCCAGCGCCACGGCCUGAUAGAGGAGUACGAGGGCAGGCCGCCCGCCCCGCCCCCCUUCAUCCUCCUCAACCACCUGCACCUCUGCCUCCAGAGGGUCGUCCUGAAGAACCCCUCCGAGAGACACAAGCCGUUCAAGAGCAAGCUGGAGAAGAACGAGGAGGCGGCGCUCUUGUCCUGGGAGAUCUACCUGAAGGAGAACUACCUUCAGGACCAGCAGUUCCAGCAGAAGCAGAGGCCGGAGCAGAAGAUCCAGGACACCAGGUGGACACCAUGGUGGACCUGCUGGAAAUGGCGCGUCUGAAGCAGUCGGGCUCCAUGGAGCAGAGACUGGCCUCCCUGGAGGAGCAGGUGGCCCAGAUGGCCAGAGCGCUGCACUGGGUUGUGAGAGCCCUGAGGGACAGUGGCUUUGGCUCCGAGGAGGGCGUCCCCACCCUGGCACCCCAGCAGGCCUCAGAGGGGCAGGACCCGGAGCUGGACGACGGGCAGAGAGUGGAGGACCCGGGCGACGCCUACCACGUGAAUGCCCGGCACCUGCUGUACCCCAACUCCCCGGUCCUGCGUUUCCCGGUGCCCAACGAGAAGGUGCCCUGGGAAACGGAGUUCCUCAUCUACGACCCGCCCUUCUACUCGGCCGACAGGAAGGACAAGGACCUGGUGGACCCUGUGGGAGACACCUGGGAGCCUCUGUCCAGGAUCAGCUUCAACGCGGUGGAAGGACACCUGGACCGGCGCAGCUUCCACGGGGCCUACGCCCUGCGGGACGGCUUCCCGCUGAACCCCAUGGGCCGCACGGGGCUGCGGGGUCGUGGAGACCUGGUCUGCUUCGGCCCCAACCACACUCUGCAGCCUGUGAUCACCCGCUGGAAGAGGAACCAGGACGGAGCCAUCUGCAGGAAGAGCAUAAAGAAGAUGCUGGAGGUGCUGGUGGUGAAGUGCUCCCUGUCCGAGCACUGGGCCCUUCCGGGGGGCUCUCGGGAACCAGGGGAGACGCUGCCCCGGAAGCUGAAGCAGGUCCUCCGCCAUGAGUUCUGGGCUUCCUUCGAGAACUUGCUGAGGCAGGGCGCUGAGGUGUACAAAGGGUACGUGGAUGACCCGCGGAACACAGACAACGCCUGGAUCGAGACCGUGGCCGUGAGCAUCCACUUCGCAGACCAGAGCGACCUGGAGCUGAAGAGGCUGAACUCUCACCUGUGCUCCCGCGACCCAGGGCUGUCCAUCCGCUGGCAGCUGGUGGACCGGCGCAUCCCGCUGUACGCCAACCACAAGGCCAUCCUCCGGAAGGCGGCCGCCUUGUUCGGGGCUUACUACUGACCCGUGGCCACCCUGGAGCUCUGCAGGGGCCGGCGGGCUGGUCCGUCCACAGCCACUGGGAGACGUGGGACAGAGGCUGAUACCAGCCACCUAGGCACACGCAGCCCUGAACGUCCAGUGGGCAAGGGGCGCUGCCCGGGUACCGCCUGCCGCCCCUCAUGGCCAGCUUGUGAAGCAGAAGGCACAGGGUGCCCAGGGAGGAGAGCCGAGCAGGGCAAGGCUGGCUCUGGCCAGGUGGCAGCGCCUUCGGGUUGAGGUGGCUGCUGGGACCCCAGACAUUGCUGCCUCUCCCAGCCUGAUGGUGGGCGUCCACUCUCUCCUGGCCACGUCGUAGGAGCAACCAUAAGGGGUGUGGCAGCCCAGCUGCACCUCUGAGAGAGUCAGGGUUCCCUUGCGGCCUCCUCCUCCUCUGGCCCAUGCCCCCGAGAAGCCCUCGAGCGUGACCCAGCGUGGACCCUUGCCUGGCCUGUGGCGGCCUCCGUGGGGCCCGGGUCCCUUGGCUGUCAGGGCUGAGCCCCUCAGUGGGCCAUCUCCCGAGAUGCAGAAGGGUCUGCCUGUGUUUGGCCCCGGGCCCAGGCUGGGGGGACGCAGAGGCACAGGCGGCGGGGGCUCCCUGAACACGGCACCCCCCGCCUCUCCCCCGUUGAGCCCAGGGAGCAGUGGGGGGUGGGUCUGGUGAAGGGGGCACCCAGUUUAGCAUCAGCAGCUCACAGACCCAUCAGCAUAAACCGUCAGGAGCCGUCAGGACCUGGAAUGUUGUAAAAACCCGACAUUAAAUUGCUUCCCAGACCAGCCUGGCUGCCUCUUCUGUGCUUCCUUCCUUCAGUGAAAGCUGUAGACACGUGCAGUGCUCGGGGGCUGUGUCUGGGCCUCCAAAGCCUCUCCUACCCGCGGCCGAGCUUCCCAGGACUGAGGACAGCUUCCCUGGACACCCGGCAGGCCCCUCAGGCCCAAAGACACCGUUUCCCUCCCAUCAACCACCCCCACACACACACCCCCAGGCACAUACACCCCCCCCCAGACACACACACACACACCCAAGCACACACACACACACACCCCGACACAGACACACACACACACACACACAGAGGCACGCACAGACACACAUGCACUCAGACACACACACAGAUGUGUACAGACACAAGCACACAGACACACGCACAGGACCGAGCUCUGCGGAAGCAGAGGACCCACUGAAAUGUACGGCUGAGCUCGCUGUUGCUGAGGCGUAAUGGAAAAAGCAAACUUAGCAACAGCUUCUCAUCGAGACCCCAGCCGGUCCCCCGGGAGCUGACGCAGCUGACCCUGGCCCAGUGCAGGUCUCCUCCUGCUCAUGAGGAGGACAGAGCUGCUGAGCAGCCGCCGCUCUGGGAGGCUGGAGGCAGGAGGAGUGACAAACCACCGCAGGAGCCCAACAGAGGAGCAGCCCAGUCAAGGGACGGCAAGAGCAGGUGGAUGGUGGGAAAUCGGCGGCGGGAAUCGUCCAGACGCGCGGUCACCGGGACACAGGCUGCUGUGCGCCUCGCGCCAGGACCACGAAAACCAAGUUUGUCUUCUUUAUGUUUUGCCUCUGUCACCCCAGCGAGACACAUAAUCGCUGACACCACGAGGAAGUCCUGCCGACAGACACUCCCAGAGGGCAAGGUGUGGGAGCAGCUCCAGCAGGACGGACUGCUUUUCAGGACAAAGGGGGUGUUUGACGGGGGAAAGGAACUGCUCUGUUCAGAAGCGAGCGCUUUCGCGAACGGCCGUCCACCUGCGCCGAUCUUUCCACACCUAUGGUGCAAAGUGGAUAGAAGUUCAAGGGGAAAUGAGCAAAUUCACUGUGGGUGAGAUUUUUCCCUUAGAAACAAGGAAUCAAGAAACAAAAGAAAAACAGGGCGGAAUUUGAAUAAUGCAGUCAACAGGAUUGAGGUCAUUCUGUGUGGCCUACGUGUGUGUGUGUUUACACAGAAAUGUGAAUUAUGCAAAUGUCUUGUGUGUAAUUUACAGUCAAUUGUUUACAUGUAAAUUAAGUGCUGGUGUACCCA